CUUCCUAUAUUUCUGUGCUCUUUCUCCUCUGCUCUCCUUCACCUAAUCCCACUGUGCGUCCUCUCCUUCCCGAGUGCGUGAGGUCAGAGCAAAAGGGUCUCCUCCCGUGAGAGCAGAGAGGGAGGGACUUGGUGCAGCUGUUGGAUUGCAGCCCGACCCACAUCUUGUUUUCCUUCAAAUAUUGUUUAUUUAUGUGUUUUCUUGGGAGACAGACCCGUUUCUUGACAGUUUGUGUGACGGGGGCCAAUGCGGGCGAACGUGAGGGAGGAGUAAACGGUGGAGGUCAGUGACGGCUUGGGAUUUCAUUGACUUUCUCUCAACAAGAGAAAGAUUCAAUCUUUAUCUCUCUCUCUCUCUCUCUUUCUGUGCUGCGUUAAAUUGCUUCUUCUUCGAUCCAUUCCAAGAAACUGUUGUAUAGGGAAAGAGUUUGUUGGUAGAUAUGGAUAUGGAUCUGUGAGUGCAUUCCAAAUGUUGCUGGCUUCAUUCGGUACCAUGAUGCUUAUUUUCUUGAUGGAAGACUGUUCAUAGUUUCUGAGUCCAUUGUUUGGUGGUAUGUGUGGUGUGAUGGAUCAGAUGAGACAUGAUCCAGAAACUGGUGGAAGCUUGAAUCAAGCUGGUUCUGGUACAGGGGAGCAUUCUGAGCAUUCGGUUGAUGAGCCUUACGAUGUUGUGAUUGAUUUAGAGGAUGGUCCCAGGGCAAGUGCACAAGCUGGGCAAUCAGAGAGUCGAAGCAAUGGUUUGGGGUCAAGUGGGGUUGCUGUUGAAGUGGCUGAUAAUGCUAUUGGGGUUCAUCAAGAGAGAAGUGAUGGGUCAUUUGGGCAAGUGGGUGAUCAAGGGACAAGUAGAUGCUCUGAGGAGGACGGUGUCAAUCAAGAAUCGGAAGCAAAGGGGUCCGGAGAAUCGAAGUCCGAGACGGUACUGGAGGAGGAUUUAAAGAAGAAUGUCUCUGCAAAAGGGGAUGAUUCAUAUCUGAUUGAUAUUCACGGUGGCUGUGGCGAAAACGGUGAAGGGGAGAGAGUUUGCAGGAUUUGUCAUCUGAGUUCUGAGCAAUCGGUGGAUGCUAUUCCGGGGAUGACCAUGGACGAUGGUAUGACUUCUGCAAUAACGAGUAUGGAAUUGAUUCAGCUAGGAUGUGGGUGCAAAGAUGAGCUCGGGAUUGCGCACGGUCACUGUGCCGAGGCAUGGUUUAAACUGAGAGGGAAUAGGUUCUGUGAAAUAUGUGGCGAAACUGCUCAAAAUAUCUCCGGAGUCGGAGAUGAUAGGUUUAUGGAGGAGUGGAACGAAAGAAGAUCUACCGAUAUUAACUCGCCGGAAGGAGGAGGGUGUUGGCGGGGACAGCCGUUUUGUAACUUCUUGAUGGCGUGUCUGGUAAUAGCUUUCGUACUCCCGUGGUUCUUCCGUGUAAAUAUGUUCUAGAAGGUGGUGUGGGUGAUGGUAGAGAGAUUCUUUUUAAAUUCUUGGAUAUCUAUACUCGUCGUCGCCGCACGGUGCUGCUUCUGGGGGGGUCUUGGCACGAACCGUGCUAUUGUUAGUCUCGGCAAUUUCUCCCGAACAUCGAAAUCGCCGCAUGCAUGGAUCGACUCCCUCGAUCGAAACGAUAUGGUAGCGGCGAUCCGGGUCAGUAUACUCUCGAAAUUUUCUUACAUUUUACAAAGAGGAGCUCGACAGCGAUGUCUUUGAUUCGCAGAAAAAACUGGGGAAGUCGUUCCUUACAACUUGAUAUCUGUCUCCUCGUGGAUUUGCCUUGUCGGGUGCUUUUUGUCUCUUCAUACUUCGUCUGUACAUAUAACUGUGAGUUCUUUACAAGAUCAUCUACAGAUUUUACUGCAAA